AUUUUAAAGCAUAUAAAAUAAAAAUUUAUGCAUACUAGUGAAGAUAUGAAUAUAAACUAAAACAAUUGCUCAUUACAGUUUCUUGUUCGUGUGUGUCUAUUGUUUUUCUUCCAUUUUCUAUUUCAUCGCCCAUAUGUGGUGCACAGACAAAUAUCGUCUAUAAAUAUAUAUUGAAACAAACAAAAAACUAAAAUUAACAACAACAACUUAUUAUCGCAGCUCAAUUGCAGCCUUUUUCUCGUGAAUUAUUGAAAUUAUAGCCACUUACAUACGUACACACGGGUGCAGCUGUUGUAUUCCCAACUGCCUUCGUGAUUACAUGCAAAAUAACGUGCACAAAUAAAUUUUAAAACGAAGAAAAUAUACUUUAAUUACACUGUGUGUUGUAAGGGUGAUUUGCCGUUUUUGUGUGUGUGUGCGUUUGUUUUUUAAUCCAGCGCAGUUACCAAGUGUCAAACGUAACACUGUAUAACACCGGGGAAAUAGCAGUGCCGAUUCUCAAUGUCGAACCUACAAACGCGCCUAGACAUCGAAUGUGAGAAACUCCGAAGCUUUAGCUGGCUUCAUAACGGAAAUAUUGGUGAAACUGCUUCUCUAGAGGAAAUACGCGAGGUUGCUGCGCGUUUGUGUCGCGACUACUUGACUGGCCGCUGGAAAACGAUCAGCCCGGCUGAUAUCAUUGUGAAAAAGAUUAAUGGCGGCUUGUCGAAUUUUCUGUAUUAUGUCAGUUUACCGACGACUGACAAUAACUCACAGUUUAUCGCACAAAAUUCCACAGCACCACAAGGCAGUGAGGAUUAUCUUCGAUUGAACGGUGAAAGUAGCGACUACAUAACCGGUGAAAACAAUAAUGAGGAACAGUUGCCUUUAGUUGUUCGACGAAAGUCGAAUAGUGAGCCGAAUGAGGUUUUACUUCGCAUUUAUGGUGAAGUACAUGGCGAGGAGGAUGAUGCCUUGGGUGGCAUCAUCACCGAAUCCGUUGUCUUCGCAUUGCUGAGCGAAAGGAAUUUCGGUCCAAAACUAUAUGGCAUAUUCCCUGGCGGCCGUCUCGAGCAAUACUUAAACGCUCGUGCUUUACUUACACGUGAAUUAGCGGUGCCGAAAAUUUCAGAGAAAAUUGCCGAGAAAAUGGCCGAAAUACACACAUUAGAUAUACCAAUGUCCAAAGAGCCAGAAUGGCUCUGGAAUUGCAUGGACCGUUGGCUUAAAACAUUAAACGGCAUUUUAUCACGAACCGAUUG